AUGCUACCCAUGUGCCCCUCAUCACUGGCUCUUCUGACGAGCCUGGCUCUCGUGCCCACGACAACACCACCAAUCUGCAACGUCGACUCCUCGCCGUCAGGUCGGGCGCACCAACGCGCCAACGUCGCAACCAUGGCUCGAGUCUACGCCGACGUCAACCAGAACAUGCCCCGUAGUUACUGGGACUACGACAGCGUUAACAUCGGCUGGGGCGUCUUGGAAAACUACGAGGUCGUGAGGAAAAUCGGCCGCGGCAAGUACUCGGAGGUAUUCGAGGGCAUCAAUGUGAUGAACUACCAGAAAUGCGUCAUCAAGGUUCUCAAGCCCGUGAAGAAGAAGAAGAUCAAGCGCGAGAUCAAGAUUCUGCAGAACCUGGCCGGGGGUCCCAACAUUGUCGCGUUGCUCGACGUAGUUAGGGAUUCGCAGAGCAAGACGCCCUCCCUCAUCUUCGAAUACGUGAACAACACCGAUUUCCGCACCCUCUACCCCAAGUUCAACGACAUCGACGUCCGGUACUACAUCUUCGAGCUGCUCAAGGCCCUCGACUAUUGCCACAGCAAGGGCAUCAUGCACCGCGAUGUCAAGCCUCAUAACGUUAUGAUCGACCAUGAGAACCGGAAGUUACGUCUCAUCGAUUGGGGUCUGGCUGAGUUUUACCACCCGGGGACCGAGUAUAACGUCCGCGUCGCGUCCCGCUACUUCAAGGGUCCGGAGCUGCUAGUCGAUUUCCAGGAGUACGACUACAGCCUGGACAUGUGGAGUCUCGGCGCCAUGUUCGCUUCUAUGAUCUUCCGCAAGGAACCCUUCUUCCACGGCAACAGCAACGCCGACCAGCUUGUUAAGAUUGCGAAGGUGUUGGGCACCGACGACCUCUUCGACUACCUCGACAAGUACGAGAUUGAACUCGAUGCCCAGUACGACGACAUCCUGGGCAGGUUCCAGAAGAAGCCAUGGCACAGCUUCGUCAACUCGGAGAACCAACGAUUCGUCAGUAACGAGGCGAUCGACUUCCUCGACAAGCUGCUGCGGUACGACCAUGCGGAACGUCUCACUGCGAAGGAGGCCAUGGCCCACCCCUACUUUGCGCCCAUCCGCGACGAGGCGACGCUGCAGCAGUACCUAGCCAGCGGCACACAUUCUUGA